AAUAUACUUUUUGUAGUGCUUUUUGUCUUUUUUAACUAGAAUAAAAUCAAGUUCAGUUUGGAGCAACAUGAGGUUUUCGGGUGAGCAUUUCUCUUAAGACGGCAAUGGUGGUUUAUUUCUGCAUAAUUCGUGCAAGCCAUUCCUCCGGUUUUUGAAAGGCAAGGUGGCCUGCUCAAUAAGAGGCUUUCCUAAAGCAAGCCUGUCUGGUUAUGUUAUGAUGGAUGAGCACAUUUGGCAGCACUGCGCACUUGGACUCCAUUAAACGUCAUAAGAAUGUGGCUGUGAGCUCAAGCGUCUCUGGCCGGGACUCAAAUCCUGUGAGGAAGGACGUGAGGAUCUCGACUCCCUCAACCUCUGUCACAGAUCCUCCUGGCGCGUGGCCACGCAUGGGAUCCGCUAUUUAAGCCGGACUCAGCUGACAACCCCGUUACAAGCCAGAGAGACUCGAAUAAAAGCGAGGAACGGGCCGACGCGCUCCAGGGUGAAACAUCCCGAUAACCGUUUCGUUAGUAGUAAUGGAGUUGGCGCGCAACACCUCUGCGCUUUCGUCGCAGCAGACCCACCGAAUCGCCUUGCCCGGUGGAAGCGACAGUAACGCGUAUUUGUACGUCAUCAUCGUGGUAUCUUUUUAUGGAGUCUUCCUCACAGGGAUCAUGCUCGGUUACCUGCGCACCAAACGGCGCGAGAAGAGGCGCACGAACGCCUUCACGCGGCUUCUGCACGAGGAGGAGCAGCGAGAGUGGGGCGCGAGCCAGAAGAAGCACAGCUUCAGCCUCCCCGCGUUUCCCGCCCUGCGCUCCACGCCGGUGCCGUUCAUGCUGACCACGGGCCGCACGCUGGACGGCGGCAGGGUUCUGGCGCCUCUGGCGUGCGCGCUGUGCUCGGUGGAGCAGAGCAGCGUGAGCUCCCUCAGCUCCGUCGCCGAUGUGCGCUUCGCCAUUGAAGAGGAGUCGGACAGCGGCGGACACGAGGAUCCGCAGAAAACCGGCUCGGAAAACCUCAAAGAAGUGCUCUGAGCUUCCCUGCAAACCCUUAAUAUGCCGUUUACUGUGGCAACCAUAGUUCCCGCCGAAAAGCAAUGAUUAUCUUACCACAGUUAAUGUUACUGCAAAUAAAACUGUUUUAAGUUGGUACUAGCCACAGUUGCAAUAAAACAAAAAUGAACUAAAGAAAGUUUCUGAACGCUUCUUCUACUGUUUUAAGAAAAUCCUGUGCUAAUUUAUUGAGGUUUUACUGUUGUAAAUAACUGUAGUAACUUGGCGGGAACUGUGGUUCACGUGAUGAAAGUUCUCCGAAGUGCCUUGAUGGAAAGUAUGAACUCUUACUCCAGAAACAGAUUUUUACACAAGAAGCUCUUAACUUGUGAUAUAAAUUGGAUUUGCCACGUCUUGGAAUACAAUGACGCACGAAAUUCAACUUGUGUUACUAGAAGUGUAUUUCCUCGCAUACUUGUGUGAAGUAUGUUUCAGGCCUUAAACGCGAUGUAAACAUUGCGAUAAACCUGGAAGUCACUUGAACAAAACUCUAAAAAUUCAUUUUACUUUAAAGGCCUAUAUUGCAUUCACACAUGUGUUUUUUUUUUUUUUUUUAAUGAUCUGUAUAUAUUGUUAUACAUGCAUGGAUAGGUCUAUUUAAAUUUUACCUUAUUUUAUGUGUAAACUAAAUAAAAUGUUCCUUCAG